CGUUUCCGCUCGGAUCAGCCAAUCAGAGCAAGGUGUUGUGCGGCUUAUAAACCCAUCUGCUGCCGAGCCUUUCCGCUGUCCCCGCUGUCCUAUGAAUCGUUGACCCGAGCAGCAUCCCCGGAUCUCCCGAAACAGUGAAGAUGGCGGCCCGGACUAUGCAAGCGGCGAGAUGCCCGACAGAUGAGCUGUCACUGACUAAUUGUGCCGUGGUGAGCGAGAAGGAUCUGCAGUCAGGACAAAAUGUGACUGUGAAGACCACACCCAACCACAAGUUCGUGUUUACAGUAAAGACCCACCACACUGUGGCACCUGGAAGCAUCGCUUUCAGCCUUCCGCAGAGGAAAUGGGCCGGCCUCUCCAUUGGCCAAGAGGUGGAAGUGGCCAACUACAACUUUGAUAAGUCCAAACAGUGCAUCGGCUCGAUGACAAUCGAAAUCGACUUCUUGCAAAAGAAGAGCACUGACACCUCCCCCUACGACUCCGACAAGAUGGCUGCUGAGUUUAUCCAACAGUUCAACAACCAGGCUUUCUCUGUUACCCAGCAGCUGGUGUUUAGCUUCUGUGACAAGUUGUUUGGCCUGAUGGUGAAGGAUAUCGAGGCCAUGGACGCCAGCAUCCUCAAAGGAGAACCAGCUUCUGGGAAGAAACAAAAGAUUGAUGUCGGGCUGAUGGUGGGAAACAGCCAGGUGGUUUUUGAGAAGGCUGAAAGUUCAUCCCUCACACUAGUCGGUAAGGCAAAAACUAAGGAGGCACGACAGACAAUCAUCAACCCAGACUGGAACUUUGAGAAGAUGGGAAUUGGAGGUCUGGACAAGGAAUUCUCCGACAUUUUCCGCAGAGCCUUCGCUUCCCGAGUGUUUCCCCCAGACAUUGUGGAGCAGAUGGGGUGUAAGCACGUGAAGGGUAUCUUGCUGUUUGGGCCGCCAGGCUGUGGUAAAACACUGAUGGCCAGGCAGAUCGGCAAGAUGCUGAAUGCCCGGGAGCCGAAGAUCGUCAACGGCCCUGAGAUCCUCAACAAGUAUGUAGGAGAGUCUGAGGCCAACAUCCGCAAACUGUUCGCUGACGCAGAGGACGAGCAGAAAAGGUUGGGAGCCAACAGCGGCCUUCAUAUCCUCAUCUUUGAUGAGCUGGAUGCCAUCUGCAAGCAGAGAGGAACAGGCGCCAGCAGCACUGGCGUGCAUGACACUGUGGUCAACCAGCUGCUGUCUAAGAUCGACGGCGUGGAGCAGCUCAACAACAUCCUGGUUAUCGGUAUGACAAACAGGCCUGACUUGAUAGACGACGCCCUGAUGAGGCCUGGCAGGUUUGAGGUCAAGAUGGAAAUUGGUCUGCCUGAUGAGAAGGGCCGUGUGCAGAUCUUGAACAUUCACACCAACAAGAUGCGAAGCUUCGACCUGCUCGCUGAGGAUGUCGACAUAAAGGAGCUGGCUGCUGAGACCAAGAACUACAGCGGUGCCGAGCUGGAGGGGCUGGUCAGGGCUGCUCAGUCCACUGCUAUGAACCGACAUAUCAAGGCAACAUCUACAGUGGAAGUGGACAUGGAGAAGGCUGAGAAGCUGCGGGUUACCAGAAACGACUUCAUGGGAUCCCUGAACAAUGACAUCAAACCUGCAUUUGGUACAAAUGCAGAAGACUACUCCAGCUACAUCAUGAACGGUAUCAUCAAAUGGGGCGAUCCCGUCUCUCAUGUCCUGGAUGACGGAGAGCUGCUGGUGCAGCAGACCAAGAACAGUGAUCGCACACCACUGGUGGCUGUGUUAUUGGAAGGUCCACCCCACAGUGGGAAGACAGCCUUGGCAGCACAGAUUGCAGAGGACUCAGAGUUCCCAUUCAUUAAGAUCUGCUCUCCAGACAAGAUGAUUGGACACUCCGAGAUCUCCAAGUGCCAGGCAAUCAAAAAGGUCUUUGAUGAUGCGUACAAGUCCCAGCUCAGCUGUGUGGUGGUGGAUGACAUUGAGCGUCUGCUGGAUUAUGUCCCCAUCGGGCCUCGUUUCUCCAACCUGGUCCUCCAGGCCCUGCUGGUGCUGCUGAAAAAGGCUCCACCAAAGGGUCGCAAGCUGCUCAUCAUCGGCACCACCAGCAGGAAGGAUGUGCUACAGGAGAUGGAGAUGUUGGACGCCUUCAGCACCACCAUCCACGUACCCAACAUCUCUACUGGGGAGCAGCUAGUCGACGCUUUAGAGCUACUGGGGAGCUUCUCAGACAAAGAGCGGGCUAGCAUCGCACAACAGCUCAAAGGGAAGAGAGUCUGGAUCGGCAUCAAGAAGCUCCUGGUGCUCAUCGAGAUGUCGCUACAGAUGGACGAGACCUACAGAGUGACCAAGUUCCUGUCUCUGCUCAGAGACGAGGGGGCGUUGAAUGAAGGCGAUCAAAUCCGAAUUUAAACCGUCGGUCGCUCUUGCUGUGCAUGGAGAUCGCAAGUUCUAUGAGUAGAGGAAGGAAGCAAAUCAACAUGACACCAAUGAAACAAAAUGAAGAGGAGGAGGGGGAGAAGAAGAACUCUUCCUCUUGUGUCCAUCCAACCACCGAUUCAUCCCUCCGUCUAUUAACCUGGUCAAAGACAAGACACACAUGUCCUCUUUUCCAAGCAUGCUUCCGUGGGCAAUAUCACUGUCUCACCUUACUCUUACUCAUCAUCAUCGUCGUCGUCGUCGACUUCCCUUAUCGACAUAUCACAGCAGUCGAACUGUUACAAACAUGUUAUCUGUAAAGAAAUUGCAAUAGAUGAUUGUAAAAAAAAAAGUGCUGUUUUGUGCAUCGUGUGUAAAAAAAAAAAAUAAAAAUAAAAGCCAUGUAUGUUUUCAGCUGUAGCUAUCGUUGUAUUUGUUGCAUAUCUCUUGUUAAAGUUAGUGCGAUAUGUAUCACAAACUCAAGCCGUAUAAACAGAAAAACCUCCAAAAAUGACACGAAACCCCAGAGCCCUUUGAGUAUUUAAGAUGUGAAUCCAGAGAGGCUUUUAGUGAAUGUGUUGUGGCUGUAAACAAAAAGAAGAAGCUGUUCUAUGUAUAAGUUAACCCUUUAAAUAUAAAGUAUGUAACUUGUUCAUGUAAAUAGUAUAUAUAGACGAAAUACAGUAUAUGAUGACAAUAAAUGAUCAGUUUGAAAUCUAUUUCACACUACAUCAGUAUGAUUCUUCUUCCCUAUUUCUCUGGAGAUGUUAAUAUUACUACAUUACUGUAAUGGUGAAAGUGUAUGUUGGAUUGUUGGCUUGUCUGUCUGUGUUGCGUACAGUGCAGUUCAGUCGAGCUAGUGUCGCAAAGACAAACUCAGUGUUAACGAUUAAAAAAAUAUUCAGCACUUCUAACAUCCAAUCAAAAAGACCUUUAGUACUUAUAUCGGGGGUUCAUCAUUAGAACUUUGUGUCGGCAGGUGUGCAUGUGUGGAGAACUAACUGCUGUAUGUGUUCAGAGUGUGUGUGCUGGUACUUUUGAACGUUAGCAUGUGUCUGUAUGUGUGAGAUUCCAGGUUUAGACAGUCAGUGGUUAAUUUGUGGGGUUUUUUCUCAUGUCGUGUGUUCAGUGCUUAUCGUCCAAAGUUCUUGUUUUGUUCUGAUCAUUGAAAAUGUAUGCUGUGUGUGUAAAUAUAUAUCAACAACAUGCAGAUCUAUUAUUGCAAUAAAAAGCACAGAUGCACAUGAAAAAGAAA